ACAAAACAAUCAAACUAAGAUGUAGACAGAAAGGUUGAGUCCUCCUUUACAAAACCUUAUAGGAGAGUGAGAAGUUCAUUUCUAAAUCUCAGGAGAAUAAGGAAAAAUAAAGUGGCAAACAAUGUUUUUCAAGUGGGUUAUGUUGUCUCUUCUCCUUAGCAGAUCUUUAGCAUCACAACAAGAAGAAGAUGUUGGUUUCACAUACAAUGGUUUUCGAGGAGUUAACAUGAGCCUGGACGGCAUAGCUCAGAUUACAGAGAGUGGCCUCCUACUUUUGGUAAGCACCACAUGGGCACAGGUGGGUCAUGCCUUCUACCCCCAACCACUUCACUUCAUGAAUUCAUCCAGAGGUAAUGCUCUCUCCUUCUCCACUACUUUUGUAUUUGCCAUGUUCUCCGAGUUAACAACAGUAGGAGGCCCUGGAAUUGCGUUGGUGAUCUCACCCGCUAAAGAGUUCCCUGGUGCUUUGCCAAGCAGUUUUCUUGGGCUCUUCAACAUGGCUACCAUCGGCAAACCAUCCAACCAUUUAAUUGGAGUCGAAUUGGAUACUCUCCAAAACGAGGAGUUUAAUGAUAUCAAUGGUAACCAUGUUGGUAUUGAUAUUAAUGACUUGAAAUCUGUUGAAGCUGUUCCAGCAUCUUAUUUUAGUGAUCAAGAGAAUAGGCGGAUCGACCUGAACCUCUUUGGUGGUCAGCCUAUGCAACUCUGGGUGGAAUAUGAUGGUAUAGAGAAGCAACUUAAUGUGACUUUAGCUCCGAUCAAUGUCCCUAAACCAACAAUUUCACUCUUGUCUUUGAAAAUUGAUCUAUCUCGGUACAUGGUAGAUCCCAUGUUUGUGGGCUUCUCAUCAUCAACUUCUGCCUUAGACGUAUCUCAGUAUGUGUUGGGGUGGAGCUUUAGGAUGAAUGGGCAAGCAAAAGAUCUCUCUCUCUCUCAACUUCCUAAGCUUCCUCGAAGAGGGACUAAAAAAAAGCCUAAAUUUUUAAAAAUUGGAUUUCCUGUGUUUGGUGCUAGUUUAGUGUUAAUGUUGGUCUUCAUUAUCCAAUUUAUUGUAAGGAGAAGGAUAAAGUACGCAGAAGUUCUUGAAGAUUGGGAACUUGAAUAUGGACCUCACAGGUUCAAAUACAAAGAUCUCUACAUAGCAACUAAAGGAUUUAAUGAGAAGGAGCUUCUUGGUAUAGGUGGAUUUGGUAAGGUCUACAGAGGUAUGUUACCCAAUUCAAAAGAAGAAGUUGCAGUGAAGAGAGUAUCACAUGACUCAAGACAAGGGAUGAGGGAAUUCAUUGCUGAAAUCAUCAGCAUCGGUAAACUGCAGCAUCGGAGCAUAGUGAAGCUCUUGGGGUACUGCCGACGUAAAGGUGAGCUCCUUCUAGUCUAUGAUUUCAUGCCCAACGGGAGUCUAGACAAGUUCCUCUUUGAUCAUCUAUCCACAACAACAAAGACGAAACUGAGUUGGAAUCACAGAUUUCAAAUAAUCAAAAGCGUGGCAUCGGCUUUACUAUAUCUUCAUGAAGAAUGGGAGCAAGUAGUGGUUCACAGAGAUGUGAAGUCUAGUAAUGUGAUGUUAGACAAAGAGCUAAAUGGAAGACUAGGUGAUUUUGGGCUUGCAAGAUUAUAUGAUCAUGGAGGCGAUCCUAAAUCAACCCAUGUGGUUGGGACGUUUGGUUAUCUUGCACCAGAGCUUUCUAGAACUGGAAAAGCAAUUCCUUGUGUUGAUGUGUUCGCGUUUGGGGUAUUUUUACUAGAAGUGGCUUGUGGGAGGAGGCCUAUAGAGGCAGGAGCAUCAGAGGAGUGUCAUGUGUUGGUGGAGUGGGUGAUCUCAAGUUGGAGUAGGGGAGAGAUUCUUGAAACUGUGGAUCCCAAGUUAGAAAUGAAUUAUGAAGUGGAGGAAAUGGAGUUAGUGUUAAAACUUGGAUUGCUUUGCUCUCAGUACAUUCCAACUGCUAGGCCAUAUAUGCGACAAGUUGUGCGCUAUUUGGAUAGAGAGAUUCCACUACCAGAGCUUUCAUCUCUGAGUAAGAGCAUUUCUUUGCCUUUAGAAAUGAGUACUUGUGGUGAUAUCUCUAUGUGGUCUCCUUAUUACCUUGGGAGUACAAUGAGUACUUCAUCAUCGAUUGCUGAUUCUUUGCUUUCUGGAGGACGCUGAUUCUAUCUGAUUAUGAGUUUGAUCGCAGCCCAAGUGUUUGGUAAUUUACAUAGGGUGAGCAUAUUACAUCAGGGUUAAACUUAUAAAUGGCAAAGGCCUUUGUUGAUAAGCCAAGUCAUGCCUAAGAAGGCCUGCGCGGCUGUAAACUUUAGUUGAUUAUUUGUUAGUGAUGUAUUAUGUAAAGUUCAAUUAACUAUGUCUAUUUCUACUUGGCCUGGUUAAUUAUUAUUAUUGACAUGAGGAUAUUUUUUAGUGUAUAUUUUAUUUUUC